AAAUCACAGCAAUAGUCCAUGACUAAGAGUGAGACCAAACUCUUCCUCCAGACAUUUCAUGUCCUCUCCAAAAGAGGGCCUCUCUCUAUCUCCCAUGCCUCCAAUGCUCUCUCUACUUAUCACCAACACUUCCAUGAAUUGCAAGAGAUACCCAACAACACCAAUCAAGAAAACUCAAACACCACCAAACACCUAAUGGAUUUCUCUCUCAAAGUCUUCGAGAAACCCCGACAGCAUCGCGAAAACUCGCGAUUCCGUGAUGUGCUCAAUUCGAACAAAUCGAUCACUGCCCACAUUCGCGAAGGUGACUUAGAUUUGGCACGGCAGGUGUUUGAUAAUAUGUCAUUUAAAACCACUGUGACUUAUAAUGCAAUGCUAGGAGGCUAUGCCAGACUAGGCCAUAUCAAAGAUGCCCUUGAAUUCUUCGAAGGAAUUCCAGAAAAGGACAUGGUCACAUACAACACCAUGAUCACUUGUCACCUCCGAAACCGAGACAUUGAUAGGGCAUUGCACCUUUUCACUGAAAUGCCUCUCAAGGACACAGUCUCAUGGAACACAAUGAUCGCGGGGUUCAAGCAAAAGGGAGACAUGGUCAAGGCUCGAAGGCUCUUUGACGCCAUGCCUAAUAAGAAUGUAGUCUCGUGGAAUUCGAUGAUUAGUGGGUACAUCCAAAACAGUGAUUUGGACGAGGCAACGAGGCUAUUCAAAUCAGCACCAGAGCGAGACGUCAUCUCUCUAACCACAAUGAUAAGCGGGUACAUGCGAUAUGGGCGAGUCAUGGAGGCCCAAUCCAUGUUCGAAGAAGCCAUCGAAUCAAACAUAAUCACUUGGAAUGCUAUGAUGGCUGGCUAUAUAUACAAUAACAUUGCCGAAGAAGCCUUGAAACUCUUCAGUAAAAUGGUAUUUCAAGGCCUUAGCCCAAACCAAUCUAGUUUCAGUAGUGGCUUAGCAGGUUGUGGAGCUUUGGCCAACUUAAAAUUGGGGAAACAAAUUCAUCAGUUGAUAAUUAAGCUUCCAUGGUCUUUUGACACCACAGUCUGUACCUCAUUGCUAAGCAUGUAUAGCAAAUGUGGCAGUUUGGACGAAGCAAAUCAGGUUUUUGAUCAAACACCGAAAAGAGAUAUUGUUUCAUGGAACGCGAUGAUCUCGGGCUAUGCCUUGCAUGGACAUGGAAAAAAGGCACUCGAAUUGUUCGAAGAGAUGGGCAGAGAAGGAUUGAAACCAGAUGAUAUAAGCUUUAUUGGUGUGCUCUCGGCUUGUAACCAUGCUGGGCUCACGGAGAGGGGAAUUGAGCUCUUCGAGGCCAUGUCGAGCGUCCAUGGAAUCGAACCCAGGCCCGAUCAUUACACGUGCUUAGUGGACCUCCUAGGAAGAGCCGGGCUCUUGACAAAGGCACUGGACUUGAUUAACUACAUGCCUUACGAGCCUCACCCGGCUAUAUGGGGGACCCUCUUAGGUGCCUGUAGAGUCCACAAGAACACCGAGCUCGCGAAAUUUGCAUCUCAAAAGCUUGUUGAGGUGGACCCCACAAGCUCAGCGGCCUACGUGCAAUUGGCCAACGUGUAUGCGACUUUCGGCCAAUGGGACCAGGUCUCGAGAGUCCGACAGGAGAUGAAGGACAAUUUGGUAAUCAAGAGCCCUGGCUAUAGUUGGAUAGAGGUCAAGAGCAAAGUGCAUGAGUUUAGGUCAGGGGACAGAUUGCACCCACAACUGGGUUUGAUCCAUGAGAAGUUAGAGGAGUUGGAGAAAGAAAUGAGGAUGAAGGGAUAUGUUCCUGACCUUAGUUUUGCUUUGCAUGAUGUGGGUGAAGACCAAAAGGAGGUGAUAUUGAGCCACCAUAGUGAGAGAUUGGCUAUAGCUUUUGGAUUGAUAAGUACCCCUGAGGGGGAAACGAUAAGGGUUUUUAAGAACCUUAGGGUUUGUGGUGAUUGCCACAAUGCCACCAAAUAUAUGUCUGAGGUUAGUGGUAGGGAGAUAAUUGUGAGGGACACUAUUAGGUUCCACCAUUUUGCAAAGGGGAGAUGCUCUUGUGGAGAUUACUGGUGAAUUAGAAAGCACCAAAAAAAUUGGUUUAGAAAGUGAUUGCUAUUGCAAGUUUCAUGUGUUUCUUUUGAGCAGUACUCUCUCUUUCUCUGCGUUCUCUCUUUUGCA